AUGGCCAACCGUUUUGGAAUGAAGUUGACGGACAUCCGGUUCUGGGACAACCCGAAGGAACCGACAGAGCUAAUGGCUACUCCAGAGGGGUCCAUGGCCUCAGGUGCCAAGAGUCAUGGCCGGGGACAGGAGGAGAUCAGGGCUUGCCCAGAGUUCCCGGACAACCUGGAGUUGAAGGACACUGAGGAACUGACCAUGCUGAAGAAGGCACAAGAAUUCUUCCAGACCUGUGACGCCGAGAACAAGGGCUUCAUCGCCAGGACGGACAUGCAGAGGCUGCACCAGGAGUUGCCCCUCAGCCUGGAGGAGCUGGAGGAUGUGUUUGACGCCCUGGAUGCUGAUGGCAACGGCUUCCUCACCCCGGAUGAAUUCACCACUGGGUUUAGUCGCUUCUUCUUCAGCCAGAACCAGCCGCGUGAGGACGAGGUUGGCCCAGGGGGACAGGUGGUCCCGCUCCAGGAGGAGAAGGUGUACCAGGCCCAAGGGGAAGAGGAGCUGGGCCAGGAAGAGGACGGAGACGAUGAGACACAGUUCCAAAUGCUCCUGGGCAAACUCGGAGCGGAGAAGGUUCUGGAAGACGAGAGCGACGUGAAGCAACUGUGGCUGCAGCUGCGGAAGGACGAGCCCCACCUCCUGGCCAGCUUUGAGGACGUCCUGACCCGAAUCUUCGCACAGCUCCAAGAAGCCCAGGAUGAGAAGACAGAGCUGGAGAGCGCCCUGAAAAAGAAAAUCGCUGCUUACGAUGAGGAAAUCCUGCAUCUCUACGAGGAGAUGGAACAGCAAAUCAAAAGCGAGAAGGAGCAGUUUCUCCUAAAAGACACGGAGCGUUUCCAGGCCCGCAGCCAAGAGCUGGAGCGGAAACUGCUGGCCAAGGAGCAGGAACUGCAGCAGCUGGAGCAGAAGCAGAAGCGGCUGGAAGGCCAGUACAGUGCCCUGCACACCGACAAGGAUGCGACCAAGGCCGAGAACGCCAAGCUGAAGCUCAGCAACCAGGAGCUGGCCCGGGAGCUGGAACGGGCCUCGCGAGAACUUCAGGACGCCCAGCAGCAGCUGGGAAGCCUGCAGCAGGAGGCCUGCCAGCUGCAGCAGGAGAAGGAGAUGGAAGUGUACCGUGUGACGGAGAGUCUGCAGCGCGAGAAGUCAGGGCUCCUGAAGCAGUUGGAUUUCCUGAGGGAAAGGAACAAGCAUCUCCGUGACGAACGGGACAUACGUUUCCAGAGAGAUAAGGCAGCCAAAGCAAACACAGCUGCUGCCAAGGCGAGUUGGAAACAGCGAUCAGGCUCUGUGAUCGGCAAAUACAUUGACAGCAGAGGGGUUCUUAGAAGCCAGUCAGAGGAGGAGGAAGAUGUGUUUGGUGUCCUCAGGAGGAGAAGCUCCCUGGGCCUGAGUGGAGAUCCCCUUCCGGAAGAGGACCCGGAAGCCGGGGACCCUGGGUCCACCGGCCCACACCCCCGGAUGCUCCGUAGGCUCAUUUCCAUAGAAGAAGACGCCCUCCCCCAGCUCCUGGAGAGGGGCUUUGAGCAGCGGCUGAGCAAAUGCACAGAAGAGAACGGUGUGUCCCCCCAGGGGCUGGAUGGCCCACCAGGGCAAGCCCCAACUGCAGAGCCCACACCCACGUGCCCCCGAGGGCAGCCUGUUGGAAAGGAAGCCUGGUCAAAGCAGGAAGACGCCCCCUCCUCCCCAGACCGCCUCUUCAAGAUUGUGUUUGUGGGCAACUCGUCCGUGGGGAAGACGUCCUUCCUGCGGAGGUUCUGCGAGGACCGCUUCUCCCCGGGCAUGGCGGCCACUGUGGGCAUCGAUUACAGGGUGAAGACGGUGACUGUGGACAACUCACGGGUGGCCCUGCAGCUGUGGGAUACAGCGGGGCAGGAGAGGUACCGAUGCAUCACGCAGCAGUUUUUCCGGAAGGCGGACGGCGUCAUCGUCAUGUACGACCUGACGGCGCGGCAGUCCUUCCUGUCCGUGCGGCAGUGGCUGAGCACCGUGGAGGAAGCCGUGGGCGAUCACCUUCCCAUUCUUCUGCUGGCCAACAAAAUUGACAUAGAGAAAGAGCGAGAAGUCCCCCGCGGCCUGGGUGAGCAGCUGGCCAAGGAGAACAACCUCAUCUUCUAUGAAUGCAGUGCCUAUUCGGGCCACAACACUAAAGAGUCUCUGCUGCAUCUAGCCAGGAUCCUCAAAGAGCAGGAAGACUCGGUGAAGGAGGACACCGUCCAGGUGAGCCACCCUGCCAAGAAGAAGUCCUGCUGUGGCUGA